AUGUCAUCAGCACUGACUGCUCUGCUGGCUUGUCUCCUCUUGCCUGUGCUGAAGCAGAGUGCUCAGCAACAGCACGAUAUCGAUCCCGUCCUGACAGUCGUCUCGUCCGGCGUGCAUGCCUACGCUCGGUUCAAAGAGCGCAACGUCAAGACCAGCAGCGACGACAACAACGACAAGCCCAUGCGCAUUUUCGACGUCCUGGACGAUCCCAACCUGUCUGACAUGCGCGAUCGGUACUGUACCCAGUCAGUCUCCAAGCUCCUGCAGCUUCCGUCCGUCACAAUCAACACAGUCGACCCAGGCCUCUACCAUACAGACCUGACGAGCCAUGCAGAGGGCCGCACCAAACCCGUCAUGUCUUGA